UCCACAGAAAACAAACUCGAUGAGCCUACAGACGUGUGCUCGACGUGGAAGGUUGUUAAAUCUGUAUGGUCUGGACGUGAUUAGUAAUAUUUCAGAUAUUUAAUACUAAAAGUCCUGCUUAGAACACCAAAAUCGCAUGUGUUAAUGUGAAUAACUUUAAAUCAGCCUUAUCAACGCACUAACCUGCACUAAAUGAAAAAAAUGCAAGAAAAGCAAAAUGAAUGUCGUCCCAAUCCUAUUUCAGAGCCUAUCGAAUGGGUUAUAUGAGGGCAUCGAGACCAUCUUUUCGGUUUUAAUUCAAGGCGAGUGGGGAGCACUUUCUGUAUUUGGGCAUGCAGACUAUUUUGUGUCUGUCAAUGUCUGUACUUUAACUAGCGAUCACUGGGCCCCUGUGCGAAACUGCGCCAUAUGAUAAGACGAUAAUGUAAUGUAGACCUUAAGACUGGUUCAAACCCAUGACUCUGUUAUUUUUAUUCUAGAAUUACCACGCCCAGGGGUUGUAAAUCCCAAGUUCGUCCAGAAGGGGCCGCUGUUUUGUUUGAAAUCCAAGGCCCGCUUGACAAAGUACAGCCUUGAUAUCUCUCUAGGCUGCUGACACCUUCAGAUGUUCGGUCCCAGAGCCGUUGUGGCUCUCUCCGCCGUUGCCUUCGUUAGAAAUAUGAAUGCAUCAGCCACUACUGCUGCUCCGGAAGUCCCCGGUUUGCUCAGACUGCACGCUGUCCGAGGCUGUGAGGUUCGUCGCUGCAACGAGAUGCUGCUGCUCCGCCCCGGAGGAGACAGCCCGACCUCCGGUCGUCACGUCCUCUACUUCCCCGGCGAUAUACAGAAUUUCCAUGAAGUGAUGGCUUCACAUCAUGACAACCGUCAAUGGCUUCCUUGGAGUCUGGAGAAUGUGGCAGUCAAAUUAUCCAAGCACUUCCCGGGUAGCCAUGUGUGGGUUAUCCGAGCUUCUCGCAUGUACUUACACAAGUUCAGUUGCUAUGAUAACUUUGUGGAAAGCAGCCUGUUUGGAGCACCAGAGCACUCAUCAGGAUAUGGUGCUUUCCGCCACCUUCAGGCUUUGUUCGUCCAUGCCUUUGAACUGGCUAAAAACCCACUAGAUUCUGUUGGUAUCAAUGGGUCUGCAGCAUGUGCAGGAGCCUCUAAUAGUUGCUAUGAAAGCCAAAAAAGUUCCAGUUGCAACCAGCCUUUUGUCAUGAAUUCAUCUCUCCCUGCUAAUCUAACACUUACGUUAGUUGGCUUCAGUAAAGGCUGUGUGGUUCUAAACCAACUGCUUUAUGAGCUUGCAGGAGCCAGAGCUAAUUCAAUGACUUCAUCCUUUGUCAAGCACAUCACAGACAUGUACUGGCUAGAUGGUGGCCAUCCUGGCGGUAGUGACACAUGGGUGACAAAAACUGAGGUUUUGAAGGAACUGGCCUCAAGUGGCAUAGCUGUUCAUUGUCAUGUGACUCCCUAUGAGGUACGUGACCCAAUGAGAGCCUGGGUUGGAAACGAGCACAGUAAAUUUGCACAAACUCUAAAAGAGCUGGGAGCUCCCAUUGUCAACGUGGUGCAUUUUAUGAAUGAAAAACCUUCGCUCGAAAAUCAUUUUCGUGUAUUAGAAAUGAUAAGUAAUGAAGAAGUUUAAGAAAAUUAUUAUUUUAAAGGUGGAUCUUGCACUUUUGUGGACAACAGUCCUAGAAUGUCAUUUCUACAGCAGCUGUUGUCUGUUAGAUGGUAAAGCUGUUAAUUCUGAAGAAUGAUAACAUGUCAACCGUAAUUAUAUCAUGUCAGCUGCCAAUAAUGACAACAUGGUGACAGUAAAAACAUAUUUAUUUCUUAAUACUACUGGGGGAAGCAGGUUCACACUGUGAUAUUUUAAGACCAUGAUGAUCAUCUUAGAUUUAAAAUGGCUUAUUCACUUUAAUGAGGCUGCUCUCGUAGCACCCAUUGUUGAGUGAUUUUUUUUUUUUAAAGGCAGUUGGAUGAAAAUGAUCUUUUACAUUCCACAUCUACAGUAAACACUUUAAAGAAAGGUAUAAAAAAAACUUUUCCUUGUCAGUUGAUAUUUUGGCUCCUGCUUGUAAAGGAAAUAAUAAAAUAUUUAACUGACUACUUUGAAGUUUACAGGUGUCAUAAUUUUGAGGUUACCAUUUUUUUCAAUUAUUAAAUGGAUGAUGUAGUCAGGUUUUUUUAAUCAGCUAAGUAAAAAAUGCAAAGAGGGGUGUAUAUGAAAGAGGCAAAUGUGUGGUAGGCAUUUCAUAUUCAAGGAUGGUAAGAAGAAGAGUAAUGAGCUGCCCUUCUCCUACAAUUCAGGUAAGCCAUAAUGUAGUCACCAGUUAUUAAGCAAAAUUUAAGCUUCCCUUUUAAAAAUACAAGGGGGCUCUUCCCCCUGCUUGUUUCGUUCGCCAACCCCCGGGUUUGGUUAUCCGGAUAUACAAUUUAAAGAGAUCAUUUUCAUUCCAUUCAUUUUUUACUUCUUGAUAUUUGCCAGUAAUAAAGCUGUAGUGAAUGAGUUAUUCCCACCCACCGGGGCUGCUAGUGCCAGGCUGCGUGAUCUGCUUGUCAUGCUGCGCAACAAUCAUUUAAAAGCCUGUACAGAAGCUGUCCUUUAACCCAGCUACCGCUUGUGUCGUGCUGCGUGAUCUGCAUGUCACGCUGUGCGACAAUCAUUUAACAGCCUGUACAGCAGCUGUCCUUUUAUCUCAC